AUUGCACCUUAUAUAACGGGUUUCCUAACGGUCCAUUCACGAUUCAAAGUGUGCUUUGCUACGAAACUCCUCCUCCUUCACCACCAUGAUUCACACCACUAUGUUUCCUUCACCUGUGCGAUUUCUGCAACUCGGCUCCAGCCAGAGAUUCUCCUCAUUGUUAGCUUCAAACCAAAGGAUUAUCUCUCGUGGGAGCCGCCGCGCCAAUGGGCUGCCGCCAUGCAGACCAUCCAUGUUUCUCAGUACAAAGCCCGUCCUUAAAAAUGGUACUCUUAGUAUCAACGGGAAGGAUGCAUUGACGGGUGUGCCUGACAAUGUUGUAGUGACACCUCUGACGGAUUCAUCGGCGUUCGUGGGUGCUACUUCCGCAGACGCUAGUUCCCGACUUGUUUUCAAGCUUGGAGUCAUCGAGGAUGUCAGGAUAUUGUGUCUGUUUAGAUUUAAACUCUGGUGGAUGAUACCACGAGUGGGGAAUUCAGGUAGUGACAUUCCUAUUGAAACUCAGAUGCUGCUGAUGGAAGUGAGGGAAGGAACAGAGAUUGGUGCACCUAAUGAAACAAUUUCUUAUAUCCUUUUCUUACCCGUGCUGGAUGGUGAAUUUAGAAGCAGUUUGCAGGGAAAUUCAUCAAAUGAACUCCAGUUAUGCAUUGAAAGUUGUGACCCGGCUGUAGUUACCUCAGAAUCUCUGAAAGCAGUUUUUGUAAAUUAUGGAAACCAUCCAUUUGAUCUGAUCCACGAAUCAAUGAAAAUGUUGGAGCAGCGGCUCGGAACCUUUACACUUAGGGAAACCAAACAGAUGCCUGGAAUGUUAGAUUGGUUUGGUUGGUGCACCUGGGAUGCUUUCUACCAAGAAGUUAAUCCUCAAGGAAUCAGAGAUGGCCUUAAAAGUUUAUCCCAGGGAGGCACUCCAGCAAAAUUUUUAAUUAUAGAUGAUGGUUGGCAAGAUACAACUAAUGAGUUCCAGAAAGAAGGGGAGCCAUAUGUCGAAGGGUCCCAGUUUGGGGGCAGAUUGGUCAGCAUUGAAGAAAAUAACAAGUUUCAAAGAACAGAAAAUGAGGCUCAAACUGAGGCGCCAAGCAGUCUGAAGGAUUUUGUUUCGGAUAUUAAGACGAAUUUUGGCCUUAAGUAUGUCUAUGUCUGGCAUGCACUGUUGGGAUACUGGGGAGGGCUUGUUCCAAAUGCUUUAGGAACCAAAAAGUAUGAUCCAAAGUUAAGAUAUCCAAUACAGUCGCCCGGGAAUUUGGCAAACAUGAGGGAUAUAUCUAUGGAUUCUAUGGAGAAAUAUGGCAUUGGUACAAUAGAUCCUGCUAAAAUAUCUCAGUUUUAUGAUGAUCUCCACAAAUAUCUUGUUUCACAGGAUGUGGAUGGGGUUAAGGUUGAUGUUCAGAACAUACUGGAAACUAUUGCAACUGGUUUAGGUGGUCGGGUUUCUCUUACUAGACAGUUCCAAAAAGCACUUGAGGAUUCUAUUGCCACCAACUUCCAGGACAACAGCAUUAUCUGCUGCAUGGGUCAGAGCACGGAUACCGUUUACCACUCAAAAAGAAGUGCUAUUACACGAGCAUCUGAUGAUUACUACCCUAGCAAUCCAACUACACAGACACUACACAUAGCUGCUGUGGCUUUCAACAGCAUUUUUCUUGGUGAAGUUUUUGUCCCUGAUUGGGACAUGUUCUAUAGCUACCAUGAUGCAGCUGAGUUUCACGCAGUUGCUAGAGCUGUAGGAGGUUGCGGAGUCUAUGUUAGUGAUAAACCUGGCCAGCAUGAUUUCAAGGUACUUCAACGGCUGGUACUUUCUGAUGGGUCAGUGCUCAGAGCUAAAUACCCUGGAAGGCCAACGCGUGAUUGUUUAUUUAACGACCCGGUUACGGACGGGAAGAGUCUUAUGAAGAUUUGGAAUUUGAACAAAUGCACUGGAGUUUUAGGCGUCUUCAACUGCCAAGGAGCAGGAACGUGGCCUUGCCUGGAAAUUAAGGCUAAAGGAGAUCUUAGCUCUGAGCUUUCUGGGCAGGCCUCUCCUGCAGAUGUCGAGUAUUUUGAAGAGGUUUCUGGGAAGCUGUGGACUGGAGACUGUGCAGUAUUUGCUUACAACACAGGGUCUCUUGUGCGAUUACCAAAGGAAGAAACGUUUGAUGUCACAUUGAAAGUUCUGCAAUGCGAUGUCUUUACUGUAUCUCCUAUAAAGGUUUACAAUCAGAAGAUUGAAUUUGCACCAGUUGGUUUGGUAAAUAUGUACAAUUCUGGUGGAGCUGUUAAGGCUAUUGACUUCUCUAGUGAUUCUUCCACUUGUGAAAUACAUGUUAAGGGGAGAGGAGCAGGUACUUUUGGAGCAUACUCCAGCACCAAGCCUAAGUCAUGCUACAUAAACUCGAAAGUUGAGGAAUAUGAUUUCAGAGAUGAAGACAAUCUUUUGACACUCACAGUUCCUGCAACGACCAGUUCUUGGGAUGUUGUUAUAUGUUAUUGAGGCCUGAUUUUUUCAGCCUGGUCUCACCUUUGAGCUCUGAUUUACAGAUUAUUUAUCCUUGCAAGAAAUUAAAAACAAUGAACUGAUCCAUAAACGAAUAUAGGAUUCUUAAACAAUAAUUGUUUUUCUGCAACAUUUGGGAAUAUGUGACAGAGUUCUGCUUUCCUUUCACUGUAAUGCUUAUACCUUCAUUACCAUUGAAACAUUUGAUU